AUGCUGGUCUUCUUUUUAGGCCUAACAUUUGCAAAGAACGCCUGCGUUUCUGGGUCUGCAGAAUGUGUUGCAAACACCCUGAGGGUGUGCGGAAUAAAGAAUCAAUGGAUAUAUGUUGAUUGCCCUACUGGUACAGAGUGUGCCGUUAAAGGUAACGAAAUAGCCUGUGUCCCCCGCACCAACAAAGGGGAAUCGGAGGCUCGUGACAAGACCAAAUCUAAAAAGAAAGAUGAGUCUUCAAAUUCCUUGGAUCCUGAGGAAAAGCAGGAUUCCAAAGAUGAUCAAGAUGAAGAUAAUAAAGACAAUAAAAAGCCAGAAGAGGACAGAUUUGAUGAGGACGAUGAAGGGGAAAGAAAGAAGAACCACGGGAAGAUGGAGAAUGGAGAAAUUGGAGAGAAGAGAAGCCCAAAGAAUGAGAUUGGGAAGAGUAAGCGCCAAAGCUUAGGAGAAAAGAAUGAAUCUAAGGAACGAAAAGAAAAUAAAAAGAAGGAGCCAAAGACUGUAACAAAAACAAUCAGCACUUCAAGAAAAGAUAGCACUACUACUGUUACUGUAACAAAAAUAGUUAUUCAAAAGCAGCAGCCAACUGAGAUAAAGUUAGAAUAUACAUCAAGUGAUAUUGAAUCAAAGGUGAAGCCGAUAGGGUCCUUACCACCUUCUCAAUCGCAAGCACCCCAAGACCCAGGUAAAGGAGCCUCGAUAUCUAAUCACUCUGCUUCUCCUUCCACCCAAGGUGGUACAGGAGGAGGCAAUUCGCCAGGGAAGUCAACUUCUAAUUCAUCGUCUCCUCCAUCUUCUAUUCCCCCUGGUCCUGUUGGAUCGUCAGGAAACCAAUCUUCGCCGGCUUCCUCUUCUUUAGCAGGUACAAAGCCUACAUCUACUCCUUCACUUCCAAGUAACCCAAGUAGCACACAGAAAUCAGCAGAUCAAGGAAAACCCCAAGGAUCUGGAGGUAUGACUAAUAAGAGUGGGAAAACGUCUCAGAAGCCUUCCUCUGGAGCUGGAGGAGGUAAUUCUAGUGGGAAGCAAGACGGAGGAGGGAAUGGACCUACGUCUCCACAGGGGGGAGCCCAGGCCGGAAAAGAUUCUGGGGCUUCUGAAGGUAAGAAGCCACCAGGUAGCUCCUCUGGAAGUUCCAAGCCUUCUUCCGGAACUGGGGAUUCAAAAGGAGGAGGAGUGAGUAUCUCAUCUGAUCAGCUGACCCAAGCAAUGACGAAGCUGGGAUAUUCGCCAAAACCUGAGUACAUCGACGCAAUUGUCUCUAGAGUAAAUGAAAAAUUCAAUGACAUGAAUGAAGCGGCAAUGUUUAUAGCUCAGUGUGCUCAUGAAUCUGGAGGAUAUCAAUAUAUCGAGGAGAUAGCAUGUGCCGGAGGGACAGGAUGUGCUGGGCAAUAUGGAAGUGGAGCUCCUGGAAAAUCCUACCAUGGACGAGGAUUUAUACAGCUCUCAUGGCCUGACAAUUACAAGGCCGCAGGAGAAGCCUUGGGCCUAGGAGACGAGCUUUACAACAAUCCAGAGAAGGUUGCUGAAGAUCCAAAUCUUGGAGCGGAUGUAUCGAUAUAUUACUGGGAAUCAAAGGUUGCAAAUGCCCCAGGAGUCAAAGAGAACCAUUUUGGAGCCACUACAAAAGCAAUUAAUGGAGCACUGGAAUGUACAGGUUCUAAUGUUGAUAAGAGUAAGAAAAGGUAUGAGAUAUAUACAGCUCUUGUGGAGGCAUUUGGAAUCAGUAACCCUGCAGAUGAAAGUGGGUGUUAUAGCUAA